AUGUCGAACCCGUCAAAUUCGCACCUGCAGGCGUUGCGCGAGGAGCUCUGUGCACCUGGUCUGGAUCAGGGCCAUCUCUUCGAAGGAUGGCCGGAUACCAUGGAUGAGUGUAGCGAGAGGCAGAUCGCUCUUCUCAUGGAUCUAUACAUGUUCUCAAACGUGUAUCACGGCGGUAUUACUCAGUACAUCCGCAAUGGGCAGGCGCUACUGGGGCGUGAGAGUGGCGAGGUCGACUUUGCGGCGCUGGAGAUGCCGCCUCUCAUCUUUGAAGCGCCGUCACUGCACCGUCGCACAGCGGAGAUGACGGCGCUGGAGAACGCCGGCACCGCGAUGCUGCGCAAGACGGUGUUCGUGCUGGUGGCUGGCGGUCUGGGGGAGCGGCUGGGCUACUCGAGCAUCAAGGUGGGCUUGCCGGUGGAGACGGCGACGAACACAACGUACCUCGCCUACUACCUCCAGUGGGCACAGCAGGUGGGAGGAAAGGAGGUGCCGUUUGCCAUCAUGACCUCUGACGACACGCACGACCGGACGCUGCAGCUCCUGUGCGAGUUGAACUUGGAGAUGCCCAACUUGCAGGUGCUAAAGCAGGGGCAGGUUUUCUGCUUCGCUGACAGCGCCGCGCACCUCGCCCUAGACGAUGAGGGGAAGCUGCUGCGCAAGCCUCACGGCCACGGCGACGUGCACUCCCUCAUCUACAAUGCAACCGUGAAGGGUCUCGCGGUGUCGGAUUCCAGUGACGGUACCGAGCCCGCGCAGUCCCUCGUGAACGCCUGGCUGGCGGCCGGCUACGAGUCCAUUGUCUUCAUACAGGAUACCAACGUUGGCGCUACGGUCACAAUCCCCAUUAGCCUUGCCUUGAGCGCCGAGCACUCACUCGACAUGAACUUUACCUGCAUCCCUCGUGUACCGACGGAGUCGAUAGGGCUGCUGUGCCGAAUCAAGAAGAAUAACGGCGACCCGUGGCUGGUCGCGAACGUGGAGUACAACGUCUUUGCCGAGGUCUCGCGCACGCUUAGCAACGAUGGCGGUGAUGAAGUCGGUAGGCCCACUGACUUCUCCCCGUUCCCCGGUAGCAUCAACACCCUCGUGUUGAAGCUCUCUAGCUACGCGGACCGACUGCGGGAGUCGCACGGUACCGUGCCGGAGUUCAUCAACCCCAAAUACUCAGACGAGACGCGACGCUCCUUCAGGAAUCCGGCGCGCAUCGAGUCGCUUAUGCAGGAUAUCGCACUGCUCUUCUCCGAGGACGACUACCGCGUCGGCGGCACCAUCUUCGAGCGAUUCUCCUACCAGCCCGUGAAGAACUCGUUGGAGAGCGCGGCGCUGCUUGUGGCCCAGGGCAACCGGCCCUACUGCGCGACCACUGGCGAGGCGGACUUCUACGAGCUGCAGCGGCGCCGUCUCAAGGCCAUUGGCUUGCCACUCUUCUACAGCUCAGAGACAGAGGUGACGGUGGCGAACGGCGCUGUUGGCGUGCGCCUCUUCCCGAUCAUUGUGUUGGAUGCGAUGUGCGCCUCGAGCGGUUCCCUCGACGACCUCGCGACCGUCUUCCCUGCGCCGGAGAAGGUGCACAUCGAUCAGCGCAGCACUUUGGUGGUGGAAGGGCGUGUCAUCGUGGAGGACCUCGAGCUGUGCGGCGCACUAGUGAUUCGCGGCCCGAGAGAUCCGGCGGAGCCGCCCUACGUUGUGCGCAACGCUGUAGUGCGCAAUGCCGGGUGGUCGGUGCACGCGGUCACGUCCUUCUGCUCUGGGCGCGAUGGCAACGUGUCCGAGGUGGACGACAUCCGUGGGUUUGUGCUGGAGAAGACGGCCAUGACAGUGAUGGACUACGCGACUCACAGCGGGUCGGCCGCCGAUGCGCCGUUUGGUGCGACCGACUCGGCGAAGUUGUAG